GCCGGACCUUAAAAGUGGGAACUUUAUUGACAACGUGCAUUUCGGAGGUGCAAAAGACAGUCGAAUGAGGGUCUUUUCUGGAGAGCAGAGAGGAAUCAUCAUCACAUGCGUCUGUUUAUGGUGGCGCACAUAACCGGUUUGUAGAAAGGCAUGCAAAACGGAGACAAAAGCUCAAAAUAUAAGAAGCGAUGGCAUCUUACCAUAACCUAGAAGAUGACGCAAUGGCUUUGAUGGUCCAUGACACUAGUACAGUCAAAACCGAGGAGUUUAUCAAAGAAGAACCGGCUCAAGAACAGAGUUCGGAGAAAGUGGACCCAUCUCAGAAGCCCCCAUAUUCCUAUGUCGCCCUCAUCGCAAUGGCUAUUCGAGACAGCUCGGAGAAACGGCUCACCUUAUCGGGCAUCUAUCAGUACAUCAUAAACAAGUUCCCUUUUUAUGAAAAGAACAAGAAGGGCUGGCAAAACAGCAUUCGACACAACUUGAGCUUGAACGAGUGUUUCAUCAAAGUGCCCCGGGAAGGCGGAGGCGAAAGAAAGGGAAAUUACUGGACCCUAGACCCAGCUUGCGAGGACAUGUUCGAGAAAGGAAAUUACAGAAGGCGGCGGCGAAUGAAGCGACCGUUCAGACCUCCCGCGGCUCACUUUCAACCUGGAAAAUCUCUCUUUGGUGGGGAUGGAUACAGCUACCUAUCCCCUCCCAAGUACAUCCAGUCUAGUUUCAUGAAUAACUCUUGGCCGCUCAGUCAACCGCCGGCGCCAAUGUCCUAUGCGUCUUGCCAGAUGACGGGUGGCAAUGUGAGUCCUAUAAAUGUCAAAGGGCUGUCAGCUCCAUCGUACAAUCCUUACUCUCGAAUGCAGGCCAUGGGUUUGCCGAAUAUGAUGAACUCGUACAACACAAUGAGUCACCACCAGCAUCCUCACCAAGCCCAACAGUUGAGCGCCGCUACUGGUGCGCCAUCCCCGGUUUCUUCCAAUAACCCGGCGGGCCUGCAGUUUGCCUGUGCCCGUCAGCCUAGCGAGUUGUACUCGUACUGGGACCAUGAGGCCAAGCACUCAUCGCUGCACUCUCGGAUUGACAUAUAAACGGAGUGUCUUCGAGGUAAAUCCAAAUCAAUGUAAAGCAUAAUCGAGCGCAAACGUCUUGAACUUUCAUCUAAGUAUUUAUAUGUGACCUCGUAAGUUGAUCGAUUUCCAAAGUGGGCAACCUAUAGAAAUCAACAUGCAACCAACAUAGUGGAAGUCUUAAAAUUACAUUUCGCCUCGAAGAAGAGUCCAAGUAGCACAUAGUUGAACGACAGAGAAGGCCUUUGCAGCCUGCAUUUUGAUAAAGGUCUGUUUCGCGAUAUGUCCUACUUGCCCCACAAAAUAUGAACAAAGGGUCCACUUUACAGUUUUACGCAAACAGGGUACAAAACCUGAAACCGCACACCUUCGUAGAAUUAUCCACGAGCAAAUUGGUUUACACGAAAAUGUUAUGGUAAUUGUCUGAAUGUCAGUCUACCUCUAGGUUGUGUUUUUAAAAUGCAUGUCUGGCUUGUAGGCGAAUCCAGACUAUUUGAGAUUUUAGCCUGUUGUUUGUUUAAAAAUCAACUUUUCUCUUGAUGGUAAUGCAAUGCGUUUUUUUCCUUUUCUGUUUUUUUGUUGUUGAUGAUGAUGUUGUUGUUAGAACCCUUUAGUUCGCGACUGACGUAUUGACUUGUUUUCUUUGUCAAAUCAAUUGUUGCUUUCUAAAUUGUUGGGACCAUGUUAAACCAGCACUUAUUUUAUAAAUCGAAGUUCUUAAUAAAUGCGUUUUUUU